UUGCAGCUUAUUUAAUAACAUUUGAAAAACAUGAAGAAUGGCUAACCACCUCCCCUAAGACAAGACCCCAGAAUGGUUCGAUGAUACUCUACAACAGGAAGAAGGUGAAAUACAGGAAAGAUGGAUAUUGCUGGAAAAAGAGGAAAGACGGGAAAACCACUCGGGAGGAUCACAUGAAACUGAAGGUCCAGGGAGUAGAGUGCUUGUACGGCUGUUACGUCCAUUCCUCUAUCAUCCCCACCUUCCAUCGGAGGUGCUACUGGCUCCUUCAGAACCCCGACAUCGUAUUGGUGCACUACUUGAACGUCCCGGCCAUCGAAGACUGCGGCAAGCCCUGCGGCCCUAUCCUCUGCUCCAUCAACACCGACAAGAAGGAGUGGGCAAAAUGGACAAAAGAGGAGCUGAUCGGGCAGCUAAAGCCGAUGUUCCAUGGCAUCAAGUGGACGUGCAGCAAUGGCAACAGCAGUUCAGGGUUCUCCGUAGAGCAGCUCGUACAGCAGAUUCUGGACAGUCACCAGACCAAGCCCCAGCCUCGGACACACAACUGCCUCUGCACUGGCAACUUGGGAGCAGGUAGCAGUGUGCAUCACAAGUGUAACAGUGCCAAACACCGCAUCAUAUCUCCAAAGGUCGAACCAAGGACAGGUGGGUACAGCGCUCACUCAGAGGUACAAAAUAACGAUGUCUCUGAAGGCAAGAACGACCACAGCCACGGCAAGACCUCGAGCCGCGAGAAGAGGAACGGCAAAGUGGCCAAGCCCGUCCUGCUGCAUCAGAACAGCACGGAGGUCUCCUCCACGAAUCAGGUGGAGGUGCCGGACACCACCCAGAAUUCUCCGGUGUCCAUCAGCAGCGGAUUGAACAGCGACCCGGAUAUGGCCGACAGCCCCGUCGUGACCGGGGUGUCCAGCAUGGCGGUCGCCUCCGUGAUGGGGAGCCUGUCGCAGAGCGCCACCGUGUUCAUGUCGGAAGUCACCAACGAAGCCGUGUACACGAUGUCUCCCACCGCCGGGCCCAACCAACACCUCCUCUCGUCCGACGCCACCGCCCAGGGCCUGGUCCUGGCCGUGAGCUCCGACGGGCACAAGUUCGCCUUCCCCACCACGGGAAGCACGGAGAGCCUGUCCAUGCUGCCCGCCAACGUCUCCGAAGAGCUGGUCCUCUCCACCACCCUCGACGGCGGCCGGAAGAUCCCGGAAACCACCAUGAACUUCGACCCGGACUGUUUCCUCAACAACCCCAAGCAGGGGCAGACCUACGGGGGCGGGGGCCUGAAGGGGGACUCGGUGGGCACCAACAUCCGGCAGUCGCCCACCGCCGAGCGCGGCUUCGGCUUCGGCACGACGCUGACGAAGGAGAUCAAGACCGAGGACACGUCCUUCGAGCAGCAGAUGUCCAAAGAAGCGUUCUCCUCCUCCUCGACGUCCAAUUCCCUCACCCUGACGGCGGGGUCCGGCCUGCUCCCGUCCGGCGGAGGGCUCAGUCCCAGCACCACCCUGGAGCAGAUGGACUUCAGCGCGAUCGACUCCAACAAGGACUAUUCUUCUGGGUUCAGCCAGGCCGUCCAGAGCCCCCAUGUCCACCAGACCCCCUCCCCUAGCUUCUUCCUGCAGGAUGCCAGCAAGCCUCUCCCCCUCGAGCCGAAUGCCCACAGCAACCUAAGCGACUCCGGCAGCUCCUUUGGCAACCCCCUGGGGGUCCCCACCGUGAAGACGGAAUCCUCAGCCCAGACCCCCUCCAACUGCAACGGCACCGUGGAGACCCGGAUAGAGUCCACCUCCUCCCUCCAGCUCAUGCAGUUCCAAGCCAACUUCCAGGCCAUGACCGCGGAGGCGGAGGUGCCCAUGGAGACCUCCCAGCCGGCCGAGGGGAGCGAGGGCCUCCUCAAGUCGGGGGAGCUCCAGGCCUGCAGCACGGAGCACUACAUGCCCCCCGAGGCCAACGGAGGGAUCAGGAGUGGGACCAACCUCCCCAUCCUCCAGGGCAAUAUGGUGCAGGGACUCUACCCCGUGGCCCACCCCAGCCUCAAUAACUCCUCCAACAUGGAGCUCAACCUCGACCACUUCGACAUCUCCUUUAGCAACCAGUUCUCGGACCUUAUUAACGAUUUCAUAUCGGUAGAAGGGGGGAGCAGUGCCAUCUACGGCCACCAGCUCGUGUCGGGGGACAGCGCGGGGCUCUCGCAGGCCGAAGAUGGCAACCGGGCCUCCUACAACCAGGCCGAGAUGUGCAUCCCCUGCUGCAGCCCGCAGCAAGGCACCCUGCAGCUCGGCAGUGCCGAGAACGGGGCCAACACCAUGGCGUACAUGCACGUGGCCGAGGUGGUCUCGGCCGCCGCGGCCCAAGGCACCCUGGGGAUGCUGCAGCAGAGCGGACGGGUCUUCAUGGUCACCGACUACUCCCCGGAGUGGUCGUACCCGGAGGGAGGAGUGAAAGUCCUGAUCACGGGUCCAUGGCAAGAAGCCAGCAAUAACUACAGCUGCCUGUUUGAUCAGAUCUCAGUGCCUGCGUCUUUGAUUCAGCCAGGGGUGCUGCGCUGCUACUGUCCAGCUCAUGACACUGGCCUUGUGACCCUGCAAGUUGCCUUCAACAACCAGAUCAUCUCCAAUUCCGUGGUGUUUGAAUACAAAGCUCGGGCUCUGCCCACGCUCCCGUCCUCCCAGCACGACUGGCUGUCAUUGGAUGAUAACCAGUUCAGGAUGUCCAUCCUGGAACGACUGGAGCAGAUGGAAAGGAGGAUGGCUGAGAUGACGGGAUCCCAGCAGCACAAACAGGGCGUUGGAGGAGGGGGCAGUGGAGGUGGCAACGGGAGCGGAAAUGGAGGAAGCCAGGCCCAAUGUGCAACCGGGACUGGGACAAUGGGGAGCUGCUUUGAAAGCCGUGUGGUGGUUGUGUGUGAAAAGAUGAUGAGCCGGGCCUGCUGGGCAAAGUCCAAGCAUCUGAUCCAUUCAAAGACUUUUCGUGGAAUGACCCUCUUGCACCUGGCUGCUGCCCAGGGUUAUGCCACCCUGAUCCAGACCCUCAUCAAAUGGCGCACGAAACAUGCAGACAGCAUUGAUUUGGAACUGGAGGUUGACCCUUUGAAUGUGGAUCACUUCUCCUGCACACCUCUGAUGUGGGCCUGCGCUCUGGGGCACAUGGAGGCCGCUGUCGUGCUCUAUAAGUGGGACCGCCGAGCCAUUUCAAUCCCUGACUCCCUGGGGAGGUUGCCCCUGGCAAUCGCCCGGUCAAGGGGUCACGUGAAACUGGCAGAGUGUCUGGAGCAACUGCAGAGAGAUGAGCAGGCCCAGCUUGGACAGAACCCCAGGAUCCACUGCCCUGCAAGCGGUGAGCCCAACCCAGACAGCUGGUUAGCCCAGUGGCAUGGAGAAGCACUUACCUCUCCAGAGUCACAAAAGGGAAUCACUGUUAUAUCAAGUUCAAAUCCAGAGUUGAGAAGACCUAGAUCUGAGCCUUCCAGUUACUACAGCAGUGAGACCCACAAAGAUUACCCAGCGCCCAAGAAACAUAAGUUGAACCCCGAGUACUUUCAGACGAGGCAGGAAAAGCUGCUUUCCACAGCGCUGAGUCUGGAGCAGCCCAGUGCCAGGAAACAGAAUCCCAGUUCCAAGCAAUCCAUCCCUGAGACAAUCAGCCCCAGCGAAGGGAUAAGGGACUACAGCCAGGAUUUCUCCCCGCACACUCCAGAGGCCGCAGGAUUCCGUGGCUCUGGGGCUCAGGGCGGAGUGAAGUGGAGCCCCAAAGACCUUUAUAUUGGCGUGUCUGCAGUGCAGGUGACGGGAAGCCAGAAGGGGACCAGCCUGGGGAAAGACCCGGCAGCAUCCCGGCUCCGUUCACGAGAGCAGAUGAGUGUCCUGAUGGUGGCCGACAGGGAGAUGGUGGAUGCGGAGUUGCUGUCCUACAGAGACAGUGUGGAGAACGAGGACUGCUUACACCACAUGGAUGAUUUACAGGUGAACAUGAUGACCCUGGCAGAACACAUUAUUGAAGCAACGCCUGACCGGAUCAAGCGGGAGAAUUUUGUACCCCUGGAGUCCACACUGGUGGAAAGGACAGAUGCUGCUGCCAUUAGCACCACAAUGAGCUGGCUGGCCAGUUACCUUGCUGAUGUCGAUCACUUACCAAGUGCUGCACAGAUCAGAAGUCUGUAUAGUGAACCCCUGACCCCUUCUUCUAACACCAGCUUGAGCCCUGUAGGCUCACCAAUCAGUGAAAUAGCUUUUGAGAAACCUAGCCUUCCCUCAGCAGCAGAUUGGUCUGAAUUUCUGAGUGCAUCCACCAGUGAGAAGGUAGAAAACGAGUUUGCUCAGCUAACUCUGUCUGAUCACGAACAGAGAGAACUCUAUGAAGCUGCCAAACUCGUCCAGACAGCUUUCCGGAAAUAUAAGGGUCGGCCCUUGCGCGAACAGCAGGAAGUUGCUGCUGCUGUCAUCCAGCGUUGUUACAGAAAAUACAAACAGCUGACAUGGAUAGCCUUGAAGUAUGCACUUUAUAAAAAGAUGACACAGGCUGCAAUCCUCAUCCAGAGCAAAUUCCGAAGCUAUUACGAGCAGAAAAAAUUCCAGCAGAGCCGACGGGCCGCUGUGCUGAUCCAACAGUACUACCGGAGUUACAAGGAGUGUGGCAAAAGAAGGCAAACCCGCCGAGCAGCUGCAAUUGUACAACAGAAACUCAGGAGCAGUCUGCUAACCAAGAAGCAGGAUCAAGCUGCUCGCAAGAUUAUGAGGUUUCUACGCCGCUGUCGCCACAGCCCUCUGGUGGACCAUAGGCUGUACAAAAGGGGACUGAAAGUUUUUGGAACACAGAGAGUGAAAGAAUUGAAAAAGGCCAAGGAACUUGAAGAUACACAGCAGCAUCCCGUAGCAAUGUGACAUUGCUUUUCAGACUGUUUUCAUUUUCUGUUUUUAGCAGAGACAUGCAACAACAACAAAACAAACAAAAAAAAAAAACAAAAAAAAACAAAACCCACUGCAGUUUUCGGAAGAUCAGCUGCAGGAUUUUAACAGUAAUGGUUUGGUCAUUGCAUUUGCACUUUCAUGGACAACUUUUAAUUUGUUCAGCAAGACAUCUUGGAACUCAAUCUUCUGUUGGAUCAUGGGAAAACAAGACACCAGGAGGAAUUUGUGAGAUGCUUCAUUCUCCAGACGAAGCAGUUAUCCUUCUCAUAUAGGGCUGUAUUCAAACAAACAUCGUGUGGAACUGUACAAAUAUUAUACCAAAAAUAUAGUAAAGAAAAGGUGGGAAUGCACAAGCAACAAAAAAAAGCUAUUCCUGCACCUGUCAAUCAUUUCCAAGAAGCUGAAUCUUUGGGAUUCUUGGUGGAGGGCUUAGAUCAUAGAAAUCUUUAUUGGGUCCAUGUGUUCUCAUUUCCUUUGCUCUUCUUUUCUUCAUUUUUUUUUUCCUUUAAUCGCUCUACAGCACACUUAAUGCAACUUUUUAAAUCUGCAGGUUUUUAAUAUGUCUUACGGAAAUUUGCAAAGGGGAGGGUGUGGGAAGCAAACGGGUAACGCAUGGGAAAUAUGAGGAGCAGCUAGAGGAGAGUUUUAAAAAGUUUGUAGUGUUUUUCUUUCUAGAACCUGCAAGUAUAUCAGUUGUCAUGUCCUUUUUAUCAUGGUCAGCACUUUAUUUUUUGCCUUACUUUCAUGAUGAGAAUUACGUCAAGUAAUUGAUAAAGCAUGUAGUUUUUGUUUUUAUUUUAGGGGGGGGGUUUUAGUAACCUUGGAAACUCUAGUCAUUCUGAGGGUCACAAGCAUUGCCUGGACAUUUAUACCACCGAAAGAUCAGUGUGGUGCUGCGUUCUGGCCAGUAAAUUCCAUUUUUGGCUCUAUCUCAUCAAAACUGAGCAGUUUCUGUAUAUAUAGAAGGUAGAAAUGGAAAAUGAGAAAUAAUAUUUGAAAGGGAUUAUAUUGAUUAAUUGCUAAAUAUUUUAUUCACAAAGGGUCAAUAACAUGGCAAGAUAAAAUUAUUAUUUGUAUAGUUUUGUCUGAAUGAGCGAGAAGUGUGGAUGUAUUGUUUGUACAUAUUGUAUAUAUUAAAACAGAGAUAUGUGCAUGAAUUCAAGAAAAAAGAAAUGAAAAAAGCAAAGCAUUAGUGGCUAUGGUCUGUAAAAUGAAACAAAAACUUUAUUUCACUAUAAGAGUACUUUAUUUUAAAUGUUCUUUAGAAGAACAUUUUGCUAAAGCAUGACUAAACUGCAAAAAAAAAGAGCUACUGUAUUUAGACUUAGGAAAAAAAAGGCAGAGUAACAUUACUAAAAAAAAAAAGGAUAUGUUUACAUUUAAUUUUGGCUACCAGGAGUUUAGUUUAUUUUAUUUUUCACUUUUUUUGCCAAUGGUGCCAAGUAAUGUGAAUGCUAAUAUUGCUUAAGAAAAUUAAGUUACUUUUGCAAAGCAGAUAAUCAUAAGAAAACAAACCAGUAUAUAGCUUAACACCAUCCACUCACUCCAAUAAAGAACACCUUAGAAUGAACAUAAACUGACAAAAGAAAUAGUAUGAAAGUAGAAAAAUACGUUUCACAUUUUCAUAUCUCCUGCUGGAAGUCAGAAAAUGUUAUAAAAAUUGCACAAAAAAAAACAAAAAAAAUCUAAAAAUGAAAAAGAUGCAAACUGGUCUUGUAGGGGUGUCAUGGUAUAUUACUAUUUCCACAUAAUGAGGAGCCAAAGAAAUCAGAUAACGUUUUCAAAUAUGAACUACUAAUGUCAAAUUAUGGGAGGGUAAGUGUGUGUUUGCUGAUGCCAGUUUAAAAUUUCCAAGCUGAGUCUGAAGAGCAGUUGGUGUAAAGUUUAUGCGGCAAAUGGUCUAUGCUUACUUGAUUUCGGCCACCAACUGGAAGUUUAAAUGCAAGGCUUGUUGUGAAGCCUAAAAAUAUUCACAAAAUCAGAAGCUUUUAAACUGGUGUCGAUAGAAGAAAGAGUAAGAAGUGUGGUAGAACUGGGGUCAGUGCUCUUGGUGCCUUUUCUAUAAUUGUACUUGUUUUUUAAUUCCUUCCUUUCACUGCCAACCUUGAAUGACUGUACAGUCUUAUGUCUUUACCGCUCGCUCUGGAUCAGCUCUGUCACCAGUGACAGUCCCACACCUAGUCCGUUUGUAAACUGACCUGACAACUCAAUUUUUGGAAAAGCGUUUGGGCCGUGUGCUGCAGCGGUGGCAGUCCCAAAAUGUCUUUCAAAAAGUAUUUCUCUAAGUAUUUUACGCACACAUACAAUCUCACACGCCGCACACGACCUCACAUGCCACAAACACACACACACACGGACACGCUCUCACAUACCACAGACACACAAAAACACACACACUCAAACAUUUACACGCAAAUGGGAAUGGAAUGGGAAAGCCAGCUCUUUUAGAACGGUCGGUAUUAGCACCCUGAAGAGACAUGUUUAAUUCCAUUUGUUAUGAUGAAAAGAACUGAUCUUUUUAAACAAGAGUAAUGACCUCAGUGGACAUGUUUUAACCCUCACGUUUCUACAAAAGGAAAAAAGAGAAAUUUCACAUACUACAUUAUUAAGAUGGAUAAGUUAUAAGAUUCCAUAAGAUGUAAAACUAUUUAAUGUUACUCUUCCAGCUCGGUGGGUCCUCGUGGAAGGGACAGAAGGUAGGCCUCGCGAGGCCUGCCGGCGUACCCCCUCGGUAGUGUUAACAGCGACAGCUGAGUGAACUAAAAACGCACUUCCACUGCAACGAAGCAUUUCUGAUCGCCCUUUCCUCGGUGGUGGAUCUUAGUUUUGAGUAGAAGAUAAGUAAGCGCAGCUUUCUUGGAUAAUCUGAAUUCCCAAGUGCCAGGAGUAGGAUUUCAUUAUAAAAUUAAUAGCUAAUCUUAUUCUGUCUCCUGAAAAUCGAAUUGCUAUUCUUGUUACACAUUUGAAAUCAGCUGUACUGUGUGAACGAAAUAAAGACUAUAACAUGAACCCCCUCUCUGGUUGCACGGUCGCUUAUGGCAGUUCCACACAGUAGUUGGCGCCCAACGGGGGGUCCCCAAGACUUGCAUGUAAAACUAGUCUAGAUGUCUCCUUUUUGUAAGUUUUAUUUUUGUAAUUGUGCAUGUAAAGCAUCACUGAAUCAAUGGAUCUGUUGAAGAACUCAGCUGCUGGAACCAUGCAAAAUGUUUUGAAUUGCCCUUAAAAUAUGGAAAAUGUUUUCUGAAUGCUUUAUAUUCUUUCUGCUGUAAAUUAAAAAUGAAGAAAAUUUCCCCA